AUCCACCUGUGCCACAGGGGAAGGAGGACCCCCUCCACCUGAUCCAUCUGGUUGCAGGGGGGGACCUUGCACAGCCUGGAAGGCAGCAGGGACUAUGCAGCUGAGACUGGUGGCGCUGGCGAUGAUCAUUCUCAGCUCCAUGGGUCACAGCGAUGUUGUCAAACUCUCCAAGGCGAGAAGGCAAAAACGGGUUAGUACCGAGGGGCCGCCAUCUUGCCCCAAAGGCUGUGAGCGAUGCUCUGAGUACAAUGGCUGCGUUAAAUGCAAACCCAAGCUCUUUAUCUUCCUGGAGCGCAAUGACAUCCGUCAGGUCGGGGUGUGCCUCGCCUCCUGCCCUGUGGGAUACUUUGGCAUGAGGAACCCAGAAGGGAAUAACCGAUGCACACAAUGUAAAAUAGACAAUUGUGAAGCGUGUUUCAAUCGCAAUUUUUGCACAAAAUGUAAGGAGGGCUUGUAUUCACACAGUGGGCGAUGCUACGUCAGCUGCCCUCCAGGUCAGCGCACCGCCAACGAGACCAUGGAGUGUGUCGGUCAGCAUGCCCUAGAGUGUGAACUGGGAGAGUGGAGCCAGUGGAGUUCAUGUACGAAGAAGAACAAAACUUGUGGGUUUAAGAAAGGCUCCCAGUUCCGGGUUCGUGCUCCCCUUCAGCAAACGGACUCUUCCUCUGCUUUUGAAGAGACCUGCACUCCACAAUCAGAGAGGAGGAAGUGCGUUGUUCCCAAGACACCAUGUGUGAAAGACAGAAAGAAUAAAGGAGACAAUACAAACAGGAGGGACAACGGGCAUGGACGAGGGCGAGAGAGAAAAGAUGGUAGCAGAGGAGGAGGAGGAGGAGGGAAGCGAAGAAGAGGCCCGAGCAGGACAACCACUGUGCCCAGCAUCACAACCAGCUCUGUCACCUAAAGUCAAAGGCCCGCAGAGCGAGGCAGGGAGACUAACUGAAACGACCCGUCUCCCGGCUGCAGGCCAGUUAUUGAUGAAGGGAUGGAUUACUGCUGCUAUGCUGCAUUGUAGAGGAUGCAAACUGGAGAAUGACUUCAGAACAGGUGAACUCAAAGGAAAGUGCCGCUGGAAAAGCCACAAUGAUUACUGCGCAUGUCAUGGACCCAUCAGAUGCAGCAUUUUAUCUAAAAGGUUGCUUUUGAAGAAUUUACAUGCAGCCUCAUUUUAAUCACUUUUUGCAUUUUUGUCAGUAUUCAUGUUUUGUUGGAUGUGAAACUCCAGAAACACAAUGAACUUUGUUUGUUAAAUCUUUAUUUCUCUUUGUGAGGUGAAGAAAAAUGAAGGCACUGGAAAUGACUUGGGUUGACAGUUGAAGGUAUUUUGUUUGAGAGGAGGAGUUGAUGCAAAACAAGUCUGAAGCUACGUACACACCGGGUGAGGGCGGUGCGUUCAAGGAGACGGUGAACGUUGGUUACUGUAGGCGCUUUGAAGCAUAUAGUGUUCACACAGAUCUGUUGCUUCCUGAUAUUCGCGUAUGCACCCACAAGGACAAAACUUUAUCGAAAUUCUAGAAAUGUUGAAAAUUGCAAUGACACAAUCGGCGAUGGAUGAGAACAAGUAUUGUUCUAAGUUGAUUCACUAAAAGGGAGCAUUGAGAUGACAUCACAGCAGUGCUGCACACCUAGUCCAUUUGCAGUUGCAGAUAAAAGUGAGAAGCCUGUUCAGCGGUAUUCAGAAAUGAAAGUAAUUGGACCUGUCUUGUUUCAAGUUUCUGUCGUCCUCAUCUGUUAAAGGUGACGUCUUUGUCUUAUUCAGGCUGCAAGCUGCAAAAGUGCAGCUACAAAUGAAGCGAUGUUGAGGAAAUCUUGGUUGAUGAUUUUUUUGGAGGAGCUGUGGAUCCAACGAUAAUCGUAUAUAACUUAUGAGCUCUGUGGCGCCCGCUGUGCAACGCUCAGGGCAGCUACUGACAACCAAGAAGCGCAUUAAGUUUAUAAUAAGUGUUUCCAGUGCAGUUUUGCAAAAUAUGCCCAUUUUAAAUACGCCCAAAAAACCACCUACCCUAAGCGCAAUUUUUUUUUUUUUGGCAAGUUUUUUCAAAAUUGCUGUAUUUCUAUUAAGCAAAUUUUUAACCGCAAACUACUUAAUGGAAUUGGAGCUAAUGCUAAAGGAAUCUUGGUACGAAAUGUCACAGUGGUGCAAAUCUUGUGCCAAGAUUUUUCUUUCACAGCUAUAUUUUAUAUAUAUAUAUAUAUGCAUAGUUAGGGACCUGCGUCAUCCGUGAAUACGCGGGCAAAGAAUGUUCGUUAUCAAUCUAUACAUCAAAAACACUUCUGAUCAUGCUUUGUAAAACAAAGAACACUGUAGUUUCACUCAACACAGAGGUUUUUUUUUUUGGGUUUUGUUUUUUAAUUUAGAACAAAAGACUGUUCAGCAGCAUAGGCUACUUUAUGAUGCAGAUGAGGAGUGUCACGUGCUUCUUCCUUCAUCAAAUAAUAAACACCCAUUCCAAAUGAUAAUUAUCCUCUGCGAUUAUCUUCUUCAGCAUAUCAUUUUUUUUUCGUCCGCUUCUGAGUCAGCUGAUGCCAUUUCUCCAUGCAUCGGUCCAGGAGUGGAGAGAUAUCUCAGCAUGCUCUUUGGACGCAAAAGUUUCAUACGAGUUGUCAGAUUUUUUUUUUUUUUUUGACGUAUCAAAAGAGUGAAAAAAAAAUUGUGAAUAUGUGAAACUGCAAAUAAGUGGGGAAACACUGUAUAUGAAAGGCUUGGUGUCAUGCUGCUCUGACUGGGCACAAACUGCAGUUAUUCAUUUUAAACGGUUGAUACUUCUAUGUUUUGAAAAGGAUGCUGUCAUGCGUCAUUACCAUAGCAGAGUCCCUGAUAGGUCACAGUUCAAGAGCCCAAAAAUGGGCUUAAAAACUUGUGCAGCGAUGUUUGAACACAAGCCCAGAACAUGCAUAUACAUAGACUUUUUAUUGGGAGUGGUCACUUGAACGCACAUUUCCGAGCCCGGUGUGAACGCAGCAUUAGAGAAGAUGAGGAGGAUCGUUCUCUGAUUUCUUCACAGCUUUUGCCAUUUGAUCUCGUCUGUAUUUGUCUUAAAACAAAUGUUUAUAUGAAAAAAAGAAAAAAAUCUGCACAAAGACAAGCAUCUGCAUGAUAAAAUGUGUGAGGGAGAAGUGUGUGCGCUAUAGGUUUGAGUGUUUGUGCACUUCAAAGUUGACAGAACUGUGUUUGUGAAUGUGUGUUGACUUUUGCACGCACAGUAUGUGUUACAGGUCUCAUAGACUAAAGGCUCGCUGUCUGGAAAACAAGUGGAGAAAAAAAAGACAUAUAGAUGCACGAUGAUGUGUUAAAUACAAUACGCUGCAAAUCAACAGCUUUCAAUAACCACUUUGUUUGCUACAGGGUCUGAAGAUUUUUGCACAACUAUUAUGCUCCAUACUGCUCUCAUUUCAGAACAGCUUUAUAAAAUUUUUUUUUUUUUUUUUCCAAAGCUGGCUUUGUGGUUUUGCAGAUGCAAGAAGGGAUUUCCUCUGGGAGAUUUUCCAUUUGUUUGUUGUAAACAAGGUUCUGGAGAAGCUACAUGCUAAUUAAUCAUACUUUCAUAAUAUGGAUUUUGAAUUUGAAUAUGUGUUUAUCAGUAUUAUCGUCAUGUAUAGCUUAUUCUGUGAAAGCCUAAAUAAAGUUAUCAUGAAGAUGGA